CUUUUAGUCUGACCGGAAAUAGCUUGCGACUUCCUUUUCACGUUGUAUAUUUUUGGAACAUCAUUAAGGACGUCCGUUUUCCAAGAUGUCGGAUGCGGAAGGAGAUGAUGUUCCCACUGUGUCAGGAGGGUCAAUGGAUGUAUUUACAGCUGUCCAGGAAGUGCUCAAGACAGCUAUGAUCCACGAUGGUCUUGCCAAAGGACUUCAUGAAUGUGCAAAGGCUCUUGACAAACGCCAAGCCCAUUUGUGCAUUCUUGCCAACAACUGUGAUGAACCUAUGUAUGUAAAGUUGGUAGAAGCUCUCUGUGCUGAGCAUGGAAUUAACCUGUUGAAGGUUGAUGAUAACAAAAAGCUUGGAGAAUGGGCUGGUCUCUGUAAAAUUGACAAAGAGGGAAAAGCCAGAAAAGUGGUUGGGUGCAGCUGUGUUGUAGUCAAGGAUUAUGGAAAGGAGUCCCAAGCCCUGGAUGUUCUCAAUGACUACUUCAGGUCCAAGAAGUAAAUGAUGUCAAUAACAAAAAAAUCAGAAAUAAAGAAAAAAAUAAAAAAAAAAUAACUUACUGUA